AUGUACAUAUACAUAUAUAUACAUAUACUGAUAUACAUAUUCAUAUCUCACACACACAUACACACAUAUAUAUACUUGAUAUUGCACAGUGAAUGAGGAAGUUGUUCUAGAAAAUGGGUUCUCUGUCCUUUCACGUUUUCUCUAUAUAAGGAUCUGAUUUUUCAAUUUUUGUGCUUACUGGAUAUAAACUUGAUCAGCUUUGGCUAUUGAGAUUAUAUAUAUAUAUUUUUCCAUAUUUAGGGUUUUUUUUUGGGGUUAAUUUAAUUAAAUUGGGAGUUGGGGGGAGAUGGGGGGAUGUGUGUCGAGGCCGGAGAGCUGCGUCGGCGGUAGAUUUGGAGGUGGGAAGAAGAAGAGUAGGAGGAGAAAGAAAGGUGCCGUGAAGAAACGGGCCUCUUCGCAUUUAUCUGAUCGGUCGUCUGAUAGAGUUGACAAGGGUUUUCCGCAGGGUCGAUCCCACAACAACCCGACUUUACAUGGAAGUGUUGAAGAAGCAUGGUAUGAUUCUGCAACCAUAUUUGAAUGUGACUGCAGUGAUGAAGAGUUUCAGAGUGUUACUGAUGAUGUUCACUCUAUCAAUGGCUCUGAAGCUGAAAAUGCACAUAGGCCUGGGAAUUCAUCUACUAGCCAUUCUGCUCGUAGCUCUGUUAGUGGCAAUACUAAAUCUUUCAGCCAUCAGCAUAGUUCAAUGCAUUCAAAAGAUGCUGAUGGAUCACAGUGUGAGAUAAAGCCGAAUGAAAUCUCUUCUUGCACAACUGAAAGUUGUAGCCGAGGUAAUGGCUUGUUGGAUGACUGUGGAAUCCUUCCACAUAACUGUCUACCCUGUCUUGCUUCUGCUGUUGCUCCUAUUGAGAAGAGAAGAUCUGUUGACUCCAGUCCUCCAAGUGCAAGGAAGAAAGCUGCAUUGAAACUGUCCUUCAAAUGGAAAGAGGGACAUCCUCCUUCCACACUACUUUCAUCCAAGUCACUUCUGCGUAGACCAAUAGCUGGUUCCCAAGUUCCAUUUUGUCCCUUGGAGAAGAAAAUGCCAGACAGUUGGUCUCAUAUUGAAGCAGGGACUUUUAGAGUUCGAGGAGAGAACUACUUUCGGGAUAAAAAGAAGGAUUUUGCUCCAAACUGUGCAGCAUAUUACCCUUUUGGUGUUGAUGUAUUUCUAUCUCAAAGAAAAAUAGAUCACAUUGCCAGGCUUGUGGAACUUCCUAUUACUGAAUCUUCAGGGAGGCUUCCGCACAUACUUGUUGUGAAUUGUCAGGUACCGUUAUAUCCAGCCUCAAUUUUCCAGAGUGAAACAGAUGGGGAAGGAAUAAGUUUUGUUUUUUACUUCAAACUUUCAGAAAGUUAUACAAAAGAGCUUCCAUCUCAUUUUCAGGAGAGUAUAAGAAAGCUAAUUGAUGAUGAAGUGGAAAAAGUGAAGGGUUUUCCUGUAGACAGUAUUGUACCAUUUAGGGAACGGUUGAAGAUUUUAGGUCGGGUAGCAAAUGUCGAUGAUCUGCCAUUAAGUGCAGCAGAGAGGAAGCUUAUGCACGCAUACAAUGAAAAGCCUGUUCUUUCACGUCCUCAACAUGAGUUUUAUACGGGAGAAAAUUAUCUUGAGAUUGAUUUAGAUAUGCACAGAUUCAGUUACAUCUCCCGGAAGGGUUUCGAAGCAUUUUUUGAUAGAUUAAAGCACUUCACCUUAGAUUUUGGCCUCACAAUUCAGGGUAACAAAUCUGAAGAAAUGCCAGAGCAGAUCUUGUGUUGUUUACGUUUAAAUGAAAUUGAUUAUGCUAAUUAUCAGCAACUGGGAUUGAAUCAAGAUCCCCUUGAGUAGGUGCACAAAAUUGUGUAGACUCCCGAAAUAAUUGCAAUAAAAGAAAUUCUUUAUUUGUUUUUUUUGCCUUUCA